AUAAUAAUAAGAAAAGUGUAAGAAUUAAAAACAAAAAUCAUUAAAAUGAACGGUAAGACGAAAUAGUAGGACAUAAAGAGGUAAGGAACGUAGAGUUCAUCGUGCAGACAAUAUAGCAGUAAUCUUCGCGCCAUUUGUUCUCGAGUCUCGAGCAACAUCCAUUUCAUUGGGCUUUCGUAAAAUUUUGGAAUUGUAUACGGUCGCGCGCGCGCGCCUGACGGAAAAUGUAACAAGUUUAUAAACUUAUUAUACUCGCGUAACUACCAUCCAGUCAGCUGAAUCUUGCGCGGAAAUUCGUUUCCGGAGAAGCUGCGCUAACGAAGCGGCCUUUAUGUGUUGUUACAGCAUGUUGCGGCGUGUCGCGUAAGGAGGAAAAAAAAACAAGAAAGGAGACGAGAGAACCAAGUCUAGGAUCGAGAAAAAUAAUUCCGCCCCGGCGGAAUCUCCUUUCGCGAGCGUAGUCGACCGCAGCCGCACGAGAGAACGCUGAGAAUCUUUCGCGAGUCGGCGAGGCGAAGUCGCCGAUGAUUCCGUCAGGAUCAUUCCCAGCGGCCGACGACUCGAGUUGGUCGAUCGUCAUCAAAGUGCCAUCGCUUUCACGCGCGUGCCAGCUCGGCAGCUCAGUGUCAGCGCGAACAACGCAUGCACCUGAGAAUGGAAGUGAGAGCCCGCUCGGAGCACAUCAGCAGCAGCAGUAGCAGCAGCUUGACAACAGCACCGAGUCGCUAUCUUGAAUCCGAGACGGCGAACGGAGGGCGCGAGACCGGAGGUGGCGGCAAGAAGCAGUGGGAGUGGACGGACAGCGGCGACGGGAUAACAAGGGCGCAGCAGCGGGCGAAAGUAGCGGCGGCGACGUACGCAGGGCAUCAGGGCAAGCGAAAAUCGAAAGCGGAAGAAGAGGGUCGUCCAUCGACGAGAGGGCCCCACAGAUGCUGGGCCCGCAGGGGCGCGCAUUCCGCGGCGGCGUGACGCGAUGCGGACGUCCUCCUCCUCUUUGCCGAGGAAGAGGAAGAGUCAAGACCUCUCGCCUCCCGAUACCGUCCUCCGAGUCGCCGACUACCGGCCAUCGUCGGUUGGACAUGCUGCCGGACGCGACACUCUUCGCCGAGUCGGACGGAACGGUCCCUCUUGUUUUAAGGGAGACAGAAGAGAUGGGGACGAAGGAAGCGAUCUCGCCAAAGGCAUCCUUCUCCUGGCGCUUCUCUGCGCCCAGUGCUGCCUGGCGGGCGCCGAGGCCCUGGCCGGCACGCAAAAGUACUCCACCAGAACGGUCAAGACGCGAUACGGCAUCCUGCGCGGCAUCGAGGCCAGAUCGUCGAACGCCGUCGAGACUUAUUAUGGGGUGCCAUACGCGACCCCGCCGCUUGGCGCCCUGCGUUACAUGCCCCCGGUCACUCCGACGCCGUGGCGAGGCACCAAAAUCGCGGACACCAUGCCGCCGGCCUGUCCCCAGAAGCUGCCGUCGUCGGAUAUUUACGAGAAACUGCCGAAGCAGAGACAAGCUUAUUUCAAGAGGCUGGAAUCCGUACAGGCGAACCAGAGCGAGGACUGCCUGUAUCUGAACCUCUACGUGCCCAAACCACCCCACGGUAGUAUCGCAGACGCGCUUCCAGCUCUUCUCCUCAUUCACGGCGAUUCCUAUUCCUGGGGUGCCGGAAAUUCAUUCGACGGAACCGCCCUGGCUGCUCACGGACGUCUCAUUGUCGUCUCCAUCAAUUUUCGUCUCGGUGUGCUUGGCUUCCUGAAAACCGGAUCGAAGGGAAGCGCGCAAGGCAAUUACGGAUUGAUGGAUUUGGUGGCGGGACUUCACUGGCUGCGCGAGAAUCUCGGCUUUGGGGGCGAUCCUGAGCAAGUAGCGUUGCUGGGCCACGGCACCGGGGCGGCUCUCGCUAAUUUUUUAGCCGUCUCCCCUAUGGCGAAAGAGUUGAUCAGCAGGGUGAUUUUGCUCGGAGGUUCGGCUCUAUCGCCAUGGGCGGUUCAGCGAGAACCGCUAAUGGUGAAGCGCCGAGUCGCCGAAGAGAUCGGAUGUCCCGGCGAUAUCGAAGCCGACGAUAUCGCAUCGUGCCUUCGUUUAAAGAGCGUGGAAGACCUACUAGCGGUGCAGCUGGAUCCGCCGAGAUUCACCUCCGGAUUUGCACCCUUUAUCGACGGGGCCGUUCUACCACCCACUGUCAAUCAGAACUUUCAGCCCACUGCCUCUUCUUCGGGAAUAAUGCCGAUCGUUCCCGGACCCGGCACCGAAUUCGCGGACUUUGGCAAUCGUGAUUUACUCUUUGGUUUAACGUCCGAGGAAGCCUGGGUAAAUUUCACCGAGGAAGAUUUACAGAAAGGCUUCAACGAAACUAGGAGGGAUCGUAUAUUGCGCACCUACGUCCGGAACACCUAUCGGUUUCAUCUGCAUGAAAUCUAUUCGACUCUUCGGAACGAGUACACCGAUUGGGAGCGAGGCGAGCAGAGUUACGUGGCGAUCUGCGAGGGCCUCUUAUCUCUCCUCGGAGACGGUCAAGUUGCCGCGCCGCUCCUUAAACUGGCUCUGCUUCACUCCACCUCGGAGGGACGGGGCUACUUCCUGCACUUCCAGCCUGGCGAACGACCGAGCCAGAAGGGCGAGGAAGUGCCCUACCUCCUGGGUAUGCCUCUUCUCCGUGGGGAAGUCACGUCCGCGCUGCCUGCCUCUGUCAACUACACCUUCGCCGACGAGAAUCUGUCCAAGCUACUCGUGCAUUACUUGGCUAACUUUGUGAGACGCGGGGAUCCAAAUGGCGUGAGUCCGUUGACCUCGGGAUUGGAGAACGGUUUGACGUCGAGUCCGCCGUUCUGGGAUUCGUACGACUCUAUAAACCAGUUAUACCUGGAAGCCGGCCACAGCACGGAGAUGCGUUCGCAUUACAGGGGCCACAAGAUGUCCCUUUGGCUGAACCUGCUGCCGCAGCUGCAUCGGCCGGCUUUCGACACCAGCUUUCGGCACCACCAUCUCUCGGACAACGCCAAUCUUUACGAAGGUGCGGUGCGUCCGCAGAGCGCGGCCGUACCCUUACCGGCGCCUCCGCUACCCAUGCCAUCCCCUACGGAACCGUCCUCGAUCCUCACCAUGCUGUCGACCACGGAAUGCACCCCGAACGCGACCGUCGCGACCACCAUCACCCCUACAACCUCGCGAACGUUGCAGCACUCGAAUCUGGGCCCGGGUCCCAAUAAUCUCCUCCGCAAACUGGCGUCCAGCCACUAUCAGAGCUACACCACCGCCCUCACGGUCACCAUCGCGGUCGGUGUGUUUCUGCUGUUGCUCAACAUCCUGAUCUUCGCGGGGAUCUAUCAUCAGCGCGAUCGGAACGCGUCCGGCGGCGGCGCCUUCGGCAACAAGAAGAAGGAGGAGUUGCUGGAGGCCGGUUGCUCCGGGAUCAACGUGACGGGGAAGCAGCGACUGCCGCCUACCAUGAAUCUGAUGGACUCGUCGUCGUCGAUGCUGCCGCAUAAGGCGAAACUCGUGCAGGAGCUCGAGCUGCAGCUCCAAGAAUUCCAGUGCUCGCCUCCGCCCGGUGGCGGUAAGCGAAUCCUGGAGCCGCCAUCUUACAGCAAGAGCUCCUGCAUCCAGCGUACUCGGACUCCGUCGCCCUGCGUAGACGCGACCAUCGCCCGGAUGGACGAGGUCAGCGGCGGCGAGGUCGGCGGUGUUCGCCACCACCAUGACAGCGAGGACGAGAACGAGGAACUUCCGGAACCGCCACCGCCGCCCAAAGCUCCGGCGCCCAACGUCAACCUCACGUGCCCCGGGAUUCUUCGGCAGCCUGGGACACCCGGUAGCGCGAAGAAGCGCGUGCAGAUUCAAGAGAUCUCCGUGUGAUAGACGGGAAGUAAAGGAGGAGAUAAGGGUGAAGAGCAAGAGGGAGGAUUUCAGUCUCUUGAGAACUUUGAUGUUGAAGAGUGGGCGGUUUGCCGAGAACGUGAGAGUGCAACGAGAGAGAGAGAGAGAGAAAGGCGAUGUCGAUCGAGAUCAAGUGUAGCGAGGAGCGUCUUUGAACUCGGAUUAUAAUCGGAUAUUCGAGGCGCGAGAAGAUACGCUCUCUCAGUCACUGUCGAAGCGAAUUUCGUUUCUAUAUAAUGAAAUUUUACCGUUUUCCUGGAUUACUUUCGCGUUCGAAAAUGAAUAGAGCGCGUAUUCUCGUUGCAAUCAUCGGUUGAUUUAUUAUUUAUUGCGAGAUGAAAAACGCGAAUUGCUUUAACGCUUUUUUUGUUGUUUGCGAAAAUAAUUCUCUUCUCGAUAUCUGUUCUUGUUCUGAAAAAUAUUCUAGACCACUGAUUCUUAGAAAUGGAUUUGGCUUAAAAUCGACGAUCAAACUUAAUAUUAAUUCGCGCGUUCUUCGCUACGAGUGAUACGACGUGACAUCCUGAAGAAAAGGUGAAACAUAAUUUUUACUAGCUGUAAACGUCGUACAAUGUGUCGUGUGCAAGUGUUAGGAAGUGUGUUUUCGAGAGGAGUUUCUUACUGAGGCUUUCGGGUUGUGAUUCGCAUCCUGCAUCACGAUUCGGUGAAUGCAAAUACUACGAAACAGACAGGAGAUUCGUAGUGAUCCCUUCCGAGACGUGAAUCUUCGUUCGUCCAUCAAGGACGGUAACGUCUGACACUUGAAAUUCACGGACCGGCCGACACUCGUUUAUCGACUCUUCAGCUGGAUCCGAUCCGGUGGUUGUUUUAACGUAAAACGGGGGAUUGAUGUAAUCUCAGGAAUAAAAAAAAAUAUGCAAAGGACAUUACAUACAUCUCGCGGCAAGGUAUAUACGGUACCUGUCGUGGUGCUAAUUCGGGCUAAUUCGGUCCGCAUCUGCCAUAACACUAAAUGGAAUUAAUCGAGGAAUUGGUAGUCUUGGACUUUGACUUUUAGAUUCGUAAAAACGACGAGGAUGACUAGCUAUUAAUAUGUAUGUGUGUGAAGAAAGACGUGACAGAACGACGGAGAGAAAAAAAAAGAGUAAGAAAAAGAGGAUAGAAAAGAAAAUGAAAUCUGUAAAAUGAGAUGACCCUCGCUGGUGUAAUGGGGCGUAUGUUUGUGUGCGAGGGUGUAUGUAAUCUUAUACAAGGAAUUAGAGACACGUAUGAGAUGAGAUAGGUCUAAACGGUUUAAUGGCAGCGGGAAAGUAUUCGAGAGGAUGCAGGUGACUCUCCACUAUUUGUUUGAAUAAUUGUCGCUGUUUAUAACGUAAAGUUGCAUUCGCCAAGAAAAAUUCGAUACACAAAGUUUUAGCAUUUUAUUAAAAAGACUGUAUAUCUGCGUUAUACGUUAUACACUCGAGUAUCUUUAUAACGUAUACAUUUGUCAGAAUGUAUUGCGGUAUGAGUUUUCUCUAACUUUAAUAUUCACCUGGGGGGCUGGAAAGAGAAAGAGAAAGUUGCACUGUUUGAGAAAGUUAUAAAUUUCCCACAACUUUUUGACGACUGUUAUAAAAGAGAAGUGUUUAGAUAAAGAGUUCCUACUUUUGACCAAUCGGAGAUUGUCUUGUAAUAUAAUGCUAUGAAUUACUCUAGUAGUGGAGAAACUUAUUUGUUUCAAGUUGAUUUAUUUCAUCUUAUAAUUCGUAUUUAAAUUUUUACUUGUGCUUGAAUUUAUUUUUCAAAAUCUUUCUAUUUUAAUAACUUUCAUAAAUAUUCUACAAUAGAUUUUUUCCAAAUUAAAAUUAUUAUUCUUUUUUUAAAAAUACUGUUUAACUUUAUCAGCCCUUAUUAAUAAUAAUGGAAUUAGUGUAGGUAAGUUAAAGUUUCAAUUCCUUUGAGAGUCACCUGUACAUUGUAAAUUUCAAUAUUGGAAAUUAAUAAUUCAAAAGCGAAAAAUAUUCGGGUUUAUAUAUUCUAAUUUAUAUUUUUUUUCUGGGGUGCUUAGACGUGUCGAAUUGGUUACUAUAAUAAUAAUAAUGAUAAUAUUAAUAAUAAUAUAUAUACAUAUAUACAAUGUUAUUAGUUUGAAUUUAAUUAUUUUAUAUUUUGCUUAUCUUUCUAAACUCUUAAACAGAUUAGAAAAGAGACAUUUAGAGUCAAAUUUCUAAGCGGUACUUUAAAGAUACUAUUAGAUAUAAUAUCGUUGCGAGAUUUCUCAGAGGUUCUAUUAUUAAAGUACUAUAUAAAACUGAAGAGACACACAUUUUGUAUGCAAAAUAAGAUACGAACUUGUUGGACUUAGGCAGAUUUUGAUUUUAGUUUAUCACGUUACGCAUGCCACGCAAUGGAACGCACAACACUUCUUGACGGAAUGUAAUCGAAAACCGGAAAACAAGAAUCGACUCGCGACUCAAAAGUCGAAAGAUAUGUCGCAUAAAGCAUCGAAUAGAGAGAAGACGAGCGUCACAUCGUCGUAAGCACCCCUGUAAGAAACUUUUCGAGAAAAUGAGGAAGAGAAAUCGCGAGUGGGGCCACACACCGUAAGUAACCUAACUCCUAAUUAACUUAGUCACGGGGAAACUUGCCAUAAUUAAUUCGAUUGCACUUCGCGUGCGUUAUCGUUUAGCGGUGAGACGCUGACGAUGUUAAGGUAUGUGUGUAUGUUGCGUAUAUAAAGAUAUAAUUGAGAGAGAGAGAGAGAGAUCGAGUAUCGAACGCGCUGUAAUAAAUCGCGAGGAACCUCGUUUUGCUGAUCGAUCCGAGAAGCGCUACGUAAACAGACAGCUGUUCGUCGAAUUUGGAUACGAUCGUUAAAUUAGCUUCAUUUGCAUCGUACCUCCCUGUGGAGAGGGUUAAGUUUCAUUGUCAUUUGCGCGUCAGGCAAAGGUGAUGAUCGAGCCUUGUCAAAAGCUGUUUACUACCGCCGUUCCUUUCGUUUGCAAAUUCUUCAAUCGAUUGGAAAUCGAUUCUUUCUCGAUGGAAACGUUCAAAUUCAAGCCAUCGUUGAAUUUUCAGUGUGCGAAAAGGGAUGUGAUUUUUCUUUUUUGGAGAACCAAGGUGCUAAUUAACAAAACUGCUAAUGACAAAGAAAACCUCUCUCUUAUCUUUCAGGAUAUUUACAAAAUUAUAUAAAAAGAGGAUUUUAAGACAUUCAAUUAAGUUCUAAGAGAAAGCAAUUUAAUUAGAGGAUCCGUAGAUGAAAGAAGUGGCGGUACUUUUAUGACAGUGGGUAUACAUACAGAAUUAACAAGAGAAAAAGAAAGAAAGAAAGAAAAUACUAUGGACAUAAUACAGAUAGCCUAAGGGAUAUCCGACUAUGCUGCCAUGAUCUGUAUUAUGUCUAUGGGGAAUGCGCAAAACACAAAAACGCACCCACACGUAUAUACAUCUAUCAAUGUUUGGAAUGUUGGGAUUUGUUUAAAUAAAUACUUAAAAGAUUAAAAGCGUAAA